AUGUCCGCGCAGAUGCGGCAUGUAGUGGAACUUCUCCCUCUAGCUUACACCGAUAUUAUAGCCUUGCCGCUGCGGACCCGGAGACCGCAGGUUGUCAAUUGCUUUCCAGGCUUGGGACUCACGCCGGGAUUCUGUCUCAGCUGGGUAGAGCUGCGGCGUCGUGGAGGUGAGAAUCCUCUCCUGCCCCGGAGCUGUGUGAGAACUGGUGGUCGUAGGGUCCGCAGUGUGUAA